GGUAGAAACUCCGCCAUUUUAAUAUUCACCAAAACCAAUCCGUGCAUGUUUUACUGUUCCUUGAUUUGGGCUCAAUCCAACGUUUUCAGAACAGUUUAAAACAUCCUGGGCUUGGUUUUACUAUUUUCCUUCGUCAUUACUUUUAUAAUUUCUCGUUGAAAAGUAAUCUUUUACCUUAAUUUCGACUGUUUGCUGGGGAAAAUGUCAGAAUUGAUAAUUCGAAAAUUUGCUUUUUAAUAACCUCUUGGAAGCACUAAGCAAAUAUUGUGCUGCCAAAUUUAAUUGCCUCGAUUUAUUCAAAAAUUGAACGGUUUUUAGUUGCCGUUUUUUAAAUUGAACAUUUCUACGAAAAUUCUAGAAGCUAAAAAAAACCGACAAUGUCAAAUUUCACCAACAGCAAUGAAACUGAAUAUAAAAUGGAGUCUGACGAUUUGCUUGUUGACGAUAUCGUGAAGUUGUUUUUCUACUCGUUUCUCAUAAUUUUCACUGUUUUCGGAAACAGCUUCGUUUUGUUUGUGCUUUAUCGAAAGCGAAAACAGUUUAACUUUUGGAGGGUGAAUUUGUUCAUUUUUUAUCUCGCAUUGGGUGACAUGCUAGUUGCACUUACAAGUAUGCCCACUAAUCUCAUCUACGCAUCAACAAAUGGAGCCUGGCUGUUUGGCAACUCAUCAUGCAAGGCCAUGGCUUUCAUCCAAGUGGUGGCACCCAGUUCGACCUCCUUUCUGAUAGUGAGCAUGGCUCUGGACAGGUAUCGUGCAGUGAUCAAUGCUUCGAGGAGUAACAAGCAGAUCUACCUGAUGAUAGGGGGCUCCUGGUUCUUCGCCCUCCUCCUCGCCCUUCCCCAGGUGCACGGGUGGGGCACAUAUCCGAGUGAAGAUGGCUCAGAGGAGUACUGUGGCGCGAAGGCCGAGUGGCUCGCCAGUCCUGCUUUCAAGGCUUACAUGGUUCUUGUGUUCAUUCUCAUUCUUAUCAUUCCGACAUUCACGAACUGUUUCUGCUACGGAAAAAUCAUCAAGCGGCUUUUCUACGAUCCCAAAACCGAACCCAACACCACCGACGGCACCGAACUGGUCGAAAACAGACGGGAGACAAUGACUACGAAUAACCCGACUGAAAAAACGCCGGCGAAGAUCACCCCGAGCUCUCACCCGCAGUUCACAGUAACGGAACGCAUUCGCGCCGCUCGAAUUCGCACGACCAAAUUAGCGCUGUUAAUUGUCGUGUUUUACACUGUGUGUUGGCUGCCGUAUUUUGUGGUUCUUUUUAUCAUGAUUUUCUCCCCAUACAAUAUAUCAAACAGGACCCUGGAUGUCGUCGAGGGAUUGGCCAUGGUUAACUCGUGCAUCAAUCCACUGGUAUACGGCAAGUACACGUUCAAACAAUCGGACGUUGAACAGGCAUUCAAGUGUUUCAAACCGGAGAUGGCUCGCAACAUCAUCAAGUACCUGGGAAUAGCCGGAAACUCAAACUCGGAGUCCAGAAACCAGACAUACGACCAGCACUUCGCACUCAAGCUUCAAAUAUACAGACAACAGAGGCAGAACCUGCAAAAUGGAUACCACAAAGCCACAAGUACUUGAACUGUGAGGUGAAACUUAAGCAAAGCAACUCGACACGACUGUAUUUUUAUAAAACCGUAGAUGUUUUUUGUGUGAAAUUUGUA